UAUUAAUUUCUCAACGCCUCGACCAAGCAUCAUUUAUCUUGCCGUAAUUUGUUUUGUCUACAAAAAAAGCUAAACUGUCCUAUAAAACCCUACCAUUGCCCGACCAGCAUAGUUACAACUUCUUGGUAUCAAUCAUAUACACACAUCCUGUCUAAUUGAGAUAAACCCAAGAAGAAAUGGCAAGAGAAGGGAGUUCCAGCAGACAACAGAAAUGGACUCUCCAGGGAAUGACAGCACUGGUUACUGGUGGAACUAGAGGAAUUGGAUAUGCCAUAGUGGAGGAGCUAGCAGGAUUUGGGGCCAAAGUAUAUACAUGUUCAAGGAACCAGACAGAGCUGAAUGAAAGGUUAAAAGAAUGGGAAGAGAAAGGGUUUAAAGUAAGGGGUUCAGUCUGUGACUUGUCGUCAAGAACUCAGAGAGAAGAACUAAUGAAGACAGUCUCGUCAUUCUUUGAUGGCAAGUUGAACAUCCUAGUAAAUAAUGCUGCGAUAAGUCUAAUGAAGCGAGCUAAAGACCAUACUCAAGAAGAUUAUUCACGUGUAAUGGAAACAAAUAUCGAGUCCCCGUAUCAUAUCUGCCAACUCGCUUACCCACUAAUGAAAGAAUCAGGAGUUGGAAAUAUUGUGUUCAUUUCAUCCGUUGCUGGUGGAAUGGCACUGCCUGCACUUUCUGUUUAUGCAGCAUCCAAAGGUGCUAUAAACCAACUAACGAAAAAUUUGGCUUGUGAAUGGGCUAAGGACAAUAUUCGCACCAAUACAGUUGCGCCAUGGGGUGUCAAUACUACAAUCAUGAAACAAGAGGAUAUAGAAUUAUCUGUUUUGGAAAUGUUUGUGCCUCUAAUGGCUAGAACUCCGCUAGGGCGAUUAGCAGAACCCGAAGAGAUAUCUUCUUUGGUGGCAUUUCUUUGUCUUCCGGCUGCUUCAUAUAUUACUGGGCAAGUCAUUUAUGUCGAUGGAGGAUUUACAGCAGGUGGCUUCUAAUAAGAAUUUCAUAGUUUUAAGUUGCCAAAUCUAUGAUUCAUAAUUUUUCAGAACGUUAGGCUCCUGUAACAAUUUAUCGAAAGAAUUCUGUGUGCUCUCAUUCAAUUUUUCAAUGUAAUAUUAGUUAUGGCACUGGAAAGAAA